AUGCCACCUCGAGUUCGUGUCGAUCGACUCAAACCAAUCUACACGGCUGCGAAAGCAUUGAAUUUUGGUUGGCGUUUAAAGUCUUACCCGAAUAUACCUGCUCAUAAUGGCGUAACAGACUAUAUCUCCCAAGCACAUCGCAUAACACUACGUUUUUGCAAACAAAGUGAAAGUAGUGUUGGUAUGAGAAAUUUUAUUCAAAAUUCCGCCAAGAAAUUCGCCGAACAAAAUCCAUCAAUCGUCGUCUAUAUUACACCAAUAAGAAAUUCCACGCCAACGUUACGUGCCGAAUAUGGGAAUGGUCGAAUGGCACAUGUGAAUGCAACGAAUUUUAGCGCCGAACAAAUAGCGCAACAUAUGAAUCUACUACGGACACGUAGUGGAGAGCCAAUAGUGGAAAUGGAAUCGCGACAAACAGCCGUCGUUGAUUCAGUUCAAGGUGUAUGGAAUCCAAUGUUAAAUGUUUCAAGCGAGCAAAAUAUUUGCGAAUUACCAAGCAAAAAGUUCUCCAUUCAUAGGUCUUACAAACUAAGUGCAACUGAUUAUAUCCAGUCAAUUAGAAAUGAGUAA